AUGGUUGAGAAAUUACACGAGGCCAUUACUCAGUCGAAUUCUUUGCGGUCUUUGCAACAAUUGCUAUUGGCUUUUCGUGCAGCUGCCCAUAUUAAUGAUAGUGAAGAAAACCAAUAUUCGUAUAAAAUUAAUGAUUCAGCAGAGUCGAAGAAGACUGUCCCUUAUUACGCAUGUUUUCCUAAAUUAUCUGAACGUUAUUUAAAGCAACUACUCGAUAUUUGGGGAACAGCAGAAGAUAAGACUCGAAUUGCGGCAUUUCUUAAUAUUCGCAAACUUGCAUCUAUUGCACCGCCGCCUUUUAUUGACCUUUGUAUAAAGAAACUACAGUCUUUACGAUGCCAUCCAUCCAUCAAUCUUAUGAGUAAUUGUGCGGUUGAAAUGUAUGGAAUUGAUCUAAAAAGUUCAUACCAGUCUGCAUUUAAUCACAUUAGACAAUUAGCUAUUCAUUUAAGGAAUUCUACUAAUAACAAGAACGAGGAAACCCUUAAUACUAUAUACAAUUGGCAAUAUGUACAUUGCAUUGAAUAUUGGUCCAAGGUACUGGCUAAUUAUUGCGAUCAAACACGAGAAUCUAAAAAUAAUAAAGGUUCACUACAAGAGUUAAUUUAUCCAUUAGUACAAGUAUGCACUGGUGUAAUAAGAUUGAAUGUUACAGCACAAUACUUUCCGUUUCAUUUCCAUUGUAUUCGCGCUUUGAUUCAUCUCAUCAAGAAAACGGGGACUUUUAUCCCUCUUGCACCUUAUCUUUUUGACAUUUUGCAUUCAGCUGAAGUUUACCGAAAACCAAAACUUGCGACUUUAAAACCUUUAGAUUUCUCGUCUACAUUAAAAACACCAAAGGCUUAUUUACAUACAAAAGUAUAUCAGGAUGGUAUAUGCGAAGAACUUGUUGAACUAUUGUUCGAGUAUUACUCAUGUUACAGUUUGUCAAUAGCAUUUCCGGAAUUAGCAAUACCCGCUAUUAUUCAAAUUAAACGACAUAUUAAGAAUUCAAAAAAUACUAAAUUCAACAAACAACUUCAACAGUUUAUUGAAAAGAUGGAGCAAAAUACUAAAUUCAUAGAGCAACAACGUUCACGGAUUGAUUUCAGUCCUAGUAAUCGGGCAGAAGUUGAAGCGUUUUUAAAAAAUUCGGAUCCUGAUUCAACGCCACUUG